CGGACCGGCACCUGAUGAGUGGUCUAACGAGGUACAGGCAGAAAUUUGGAAGCAAAGCAUCCUGUGGGACUUUGCAAGACAGCAGCUGUUCCUUCUAGCAGAACAACAGCUGGUACAAAUACUGGAAGAUCAGAAGAAGGUCCAGGCAAACCCUGCAGAGACUCCAAAGAGAACCAGAUUCAUCUGGCCCAACAGAACAUCUUCCUUCAGCAGAUGAUCUCAGAAUUAGAGAAGCUGCAGAGUCUCAUGUGAAGUAUGCCACAGAGAAGCUGAAGUCAAGGAUCCAGACAGUCACAUUUCAAGCUGUUGCUGCCGCUACUAACUAGACAAGAUGAUGCUGAGCACCAAAGGAGAAGAAGGCUUUGUGGUGAAGGUCCGGGGCUUGCCAUGGUCAUGCUCAGCCAGUGACAUCCAGCAAUUCUUCUCAGAAUGCAAAAUUCAAAAUGGAGCAGCAGGCAUUCAUUUCAUCUAUACCAGAGAGGGCAGACCGAGUGGAGAGGCAUUCGUUGAACUCGAAUCUGAAGAUGAAGUCACAUUGGCAUUGAAAAAAGAUAGAGAAACUAUGGGACACAGAUAUGUGGAAGUAUUCAAGUCAAACAACAUUGAGAUGGACUGGGUGUUGAAGCAUACUGCUCCGAAUAGUCUCGACACUGCCAGUGAUGGCUUCGUGCGCCUUAGAGGUCUCCCAUUCAGGUGUAACAAGGAAGAAAUUGUUCAGUUUUUUUCAGGGCUGGAAAUCAUGCCAAACGGGAUAACGUUGCCAGUAGACUUCCAAGGGAGGAACAGCGGUGAAGCCUUCGUGCAGUUCGCUUCACAGGAAAUAGCUGAAAAGGCUCUAAAGAAACACAAGGAAAGAAUAGGGCACCGAUACAUUGAGAUCUUCAAGAGCAGCCAGGCCGAAGCUCAGACCCACUAUGAUCCUCCUCGAAAGCUGAUGGCUAAGCAGCGUCCAGGUCCUUAUGACAGGCCCCAGGCUGGCAGAGGCUACAACACUCUUGGGAGAGGAGUCGGGUUUGCAGGGAUGAGAUGUGGUGCCUAUGAAGCUGGCUACAGAGGCUAUGACGACUACAACUGGUAUAAUGACGACUAUUGCUUUGGAAGAUACCUGAAUUACUAUUUGGCCAUGUCCGGCCACAGCUAUGGAGACAGCUGGUCUACCUUCCACCAGAGCCCUGCAGGCCAUUACGUGCACAUGAGAGGAUUACCUUACAAAGCUACUGAAAAUGAUAUCUGUGAUUUUUUCUCACCACUCAAACCAGUCGGAGCAUACAUUGAAAUUGGAUCUGAUGGCAGAGUGACCGGAGAAGCCGAUGUUGAAUUUGCUACUCAUGAAGAUGCUGUGGCAGCUAUGUCUAAAGACAAAGCAAACAUGCAGCACAGAUACAUAGAGCUCUUCUUGAAUUCCACAACAGAAGCAGACAGCAGUGCUUACGAUCCCCAGAUGAGAGGAGGCAUGAGUUUGCUAAACCAGUCUACUUACGGCAACCCGUCUAGCCAGGAGCUGAAUGAGGGCUACGGAGCAGUCUCUGAAGGUCAUAUCAGCAUGAACAAAUAUGACCAAGUGUUACAGGAAAACUUCAGCAAUUUUUCAACCACCCAUUGCACGGAGAACCAAGGAGAGGUGAAUAACAGCUACAACAAUUGGGGGAGCUUUGCAUAUAUGGGAGAGAAUAGAAUGGGAGAAAUAGCUGGCAUAUCCAAUAUGGGAAGUGAAUGUGGGAUGUAUCCUGAUUAUUGACACUUUGUCAACUUUUUAUUAAAGAAAAACAAUUUAAAAUGAUGUUUUAUAAUACAAGCUUUUGAUUUAUGCUUACUGUUAAUGAAAUAAAGAUUGUUUUUUAAAACUC